CAGACGAAAUCAAACCAUUCAAUCCGCACUGCAGCCCCAUUCUUGCUGUCAAAUCUUGAUGAGCUGGCAACCAAGACAUAUCAUACGACCCAUGACAAAUUUAUGGGGCCACCAUGCCCAGUAAAAUAGGGAAUCUGCCUUGAUAGGCAACAGCCUUGCGCUGCCAAGGAGGUGGGGGCGAGCUGAGAGCUGCAUGAUCGAUCCCACAGCGCUUCCUGAGCCUCGCGGCUCCUUGCGCUGAAUCUAGGAAAAGGGGUAGAUGCUGCCCAGUUUCUGCGAACUGCCGCCCUCGAUGGAUAUGUUGUCCUUCUCUCGUCGCAUGGCAUCAAUCCAUUGUACGACUUCGGAAAGUCAUGUCAGCAGUACCAAGCGUCGCUGAGCUUCUGAAGAAGCUUGACGAACAGCAGCAAGCGCUUGGGAAACAGCAACAAGCCUACUGGCAAACACUCCGCGAAGUCCACGAGGCUCUGGUCCAAGCACCUGCCAGCAACCCUACUCCAGGGCCUUCGGGAGGACCUCCAAGUACGAAAUCAGCGAAGAAACAGCGAAGACGGUCGACGCAAGAAACUAAAACCGAACGACCUGCGGAUUGGAUUGCAAAGGCAAAGUCCGACCGGCCAAAGGAUGCCGAUGGCAGACCUCUCACUUUGGGCAGCUCGGUCAUCACUGGCGAGAGCGACGAGUCCGACGUCGAAGAAGAGUUCUACGUACAGAAACCUCUCCCUUCUUACACAUUCGACCACGAAAACCUGAGAGACCACUUGAAGAAACACAAGUUUAAUGAACAUGGGCAGGAGCUGUUGAAAACGGAGGUCGACCAUGGAAGGCUCCUUCAUCCAACACUAUUUCGUGAAUAUCCCUCGGAUGAGAAGUGGCACAAUUCCCACUACUCGGUUUUUGAUGUGAGCAAAGAUGGGGCGCCAUUGUCGAGGAGUGAGGUUGUGGAAAAGGGGAGCCAUAUCGACUCUGCCAUCUGGCAAGCCAUUCAAAAUCUAAAUACGGAUCCCGAAAGUCAACGACCUGCAGUUGGACGGAUUACAAUUGUCCGAGAACCAUCUCCUAUAAUCCUGGGCGCCUUGCAUAUGACGAUGAAUAAGGACUUCAACAUGGAUGAACUUUUCGACUAUCUUGCCAAAGGCGAUCAUUCGCAGGCUCACGUUUUAGGCCGCAAUUUUUCCCACGACCACCGAGAGCAGCGAUCGUUCGUUUUUAAAUUUGACUACUUCACCAUAGUUGAAGAUGACGUGCAGCCUAUGCCAUGGCAGCAAUCGGACAGUGAAGAAAAGUUACGAAACAAGCCGCUGGACCACAUUCCACUCUCAAGAUGCAGCUCUGUGGUAGCCUUGUCCUUGUCUGGUGAACCUAUGAAAAGACUGCGAAAUAACACAAGGAAGGCGAGGAAAGAACACAACGACCACGGUCUCAUUUUUGAUCCAUGGGCACCAUGGCAUGUAGUGAACAUCCAAUGCUACCCCGACCAUAAAGCUAGCUUGGAUAUCCACGACUCAACGAAGCAUUACGUGAAUGGUCCAGAGGCCUUCUUGCACACGGUUCUCGCUGAGUUCCAGGACGCCGAGAAGAGAUUCGCGCAAAUUUACAGGAGAAUCAGCAAGCUUGUUACUCCUCCUUCGGACUUCAUGUUUGAUGGAGGACUCAGGGACAAGCUUCUCUUCGAAGACGACGAGUUCACAUACUCGCGACGGUACUUUUGGGGCUUCCAAACUCUCGGUCUAAUGCGAGAUGGCAUAAAAGCUAUCAUCGAUGCAUACGAGAAAACAUUUACGGAUGACGUUUGGGAGGGGAAGCAUAAGACUCUUUGGCCGAUGAUGGACGAAAGGUCGAAGCGCAAUGAGCACUACAAAAAACGAAUGGCCCAUCUCAAGAAAGAUUUCGAAAAGAUCAUCAAGGAUCUGUACAGGCUGGCUGACGAUAAUGAUGAACGAAGGAAAGAAAUUCGGACCCUUCGUGACCAGUUGUUCAAUGGGACAAGUGUUCUAGAGAGCAGGAAGAGUGUGGAAUUGUCGACCGUGACCAUCUUGCAGGGACAUAACAUCAAGCUGUUGACAUUGGUCAGCAUUUUCUUCCUUCCUUUGACCUUUGUCACGUCCGUCUUUGGCAUGACAGAUAUGCCAUCUCAUCACUUCUUUAAAUAUUUCGCCGUGACCAUGACUACCGUCUGCAUUCCAUUCUUUCUCUUGAUUGGUUCACUGAACACAACCUCCGGGAUGGAGUUUUGGAGGGGAAAAUGGCAUGAUUUUCUUGACUGGAUCCAAUUUUGGAGAUCAACUCACCAGGAUGACGCGAGCGUACGGAGCGAUGAACACACAACAAGGAGAAGAUCCAUGUCCAUAGACCCCAGCUGGAGCCGUGGCCGGCGACCCUCGGUCUCCAAAGGACAGCGCGAAUCAAUAGUUUCAAUGACGACUUUAGUAAAAGGAAGGGCGAAUUCUUCGGCCGGACAUUCUCAACCUCGGAAGGAAUCUGGAAUUGAACUCGCGCAAGUUAGCGAAGGCGAAUCCGCCAACUCGACCGCAGCGAAGACAGCAACCCAACCCGUCACACCUGUGGCAUCGGCCGAAAAUGGGACAACGAAUAAAAUUUCGUGGUUUGAUAAAUUGACUGGGGGUCGGAAGAGGAGUGAAGAACAUAAUGUAUGAGUGGUAUAUAGCUGGAUUUUUCUUGUUGAACGAUUUACGGCCUUUCGAUGCGCAUAGUGGAGCGGGAUAGCAUCAGAUACCACAUGUUUUAUGUACGGGCGGCUCCGUCAGCCUUUUUAGGUUAAUACCUUGAUGAAAGUAAUGAUUCAUUUUGACAGGAUUGGGAUGGUGUUGGAGGUCAGAUGAGACGGUCAAGUUCCUGAUGAUGAGCAGGCCGAGGAUGAAGAAAGCGCAAAUUCUCAUCGUCCAGCCAAAGCCGACUUUGGGAAGCAGGCGGAUCACCAUUAUUGGGAAGAUGACGCCUCCUAGGAAUGAACCUGCUAUUGCUAAAUCACCCACAAUAGCUCGUCUCUUACGAAAGUAUGUCAUGGGCUAGGGUAUAACGAAGUCAGUUUUGAGCGAUCGGGCAAUGAUGGGGGUUUUAGUUGAACCAUAGUAUCGCUUAAGUUGAACCAUAUUAUCAAACUCUGCA